CUUUGAGAUUAUGAUCUAUUGGUGUGUUGAAGAGAUGAUAGUUGGGGACGUUCGCCUUGAACGAACUGUACCUAUUGAUUUAAGUAGUACUGAUCAAGUUUCGGGGAAUGACAGUCACUUCAGAAGCUGUAACGACACUCAAUGGUCUGCACCAAACGGAGACUGUCUUAAGGUUCAAUGUUUUACUGGCAAGACAUUGAAAAAUGCAACUUGUGUUUCAAUAUUUCCAGACAUGCGAGGUAUUGUGUAUAGAUUAAGAGCAUUUCUCGUACUCACAGAAUGGAACAGUACAACAAGGAACAGGACAGAUUCCAACUUAAUCAAUGAGGCUGUAGAGCAGAUAACAAGCGAUAUAGAAAACAUGAAUGACGGAUACUCUUACCGAAUCGGCAUUGCUCCAGAGAUUAAAUUUCCAUUAGACGAUCAAACAGUCCCUGUUUUGUGGGCUGACAUUUAUCUUUUAGCACCAUCGACUAUAAGAAGAGAUUCAUUUGAGAGCAAUGCUUUGAAGGCGCUCUUUAGAAAGAGCCCUAAUACAUUCAGACGAACCUUCUCCUAUGUUAACAUGAUCAAUGAGGAUUUGUUUCUUGACUGUAGCUCUAACGGAACCUGGCAAACAGAGGAGUUUGUACCAGAUAUGGCAACUCAGUCAUUUUUUGUUGGGAAACAGCACUAUAGCAUCUUGUCGUUGAUACUAACAUGUCCCUAUAUCACAUUCCCACAAUCCAAUUUCACUGUUGAAUGGAACAGAACAAAUAGAAAGGGAGACAUCACUGUCACAGUUGUUGUGGGUGAUACCAAAGUAGUCAUUUCAAACAUGUCUGACGUUAAUAGCUUGAGCGUGACAGGAACCAAUGAGAUAAAUGUGUGUACUGAACUUCUGGAGAAAUAUUUAGCUCAAUCACCAAGACUGCUCGUGAAAAGAACGAUAAUCCUGUCAACUAAAGUCUUGACGUAUGUCUGUCUUUGUGCAUCAGAGUUGUCCCUUUUUUGCACUUUAGCUGUGUACUUUGCAUUUUCUACACUUAGAACUGUGCCUGGAAUAAUCAGCAUGCAUCUAGCCCUGAGCCUUUUACUUGUACAGGCUGCCUUGAUUAUGGCAUCUAACAUACCGGUGCCAAGUACGCUCUGUACAAGUGUUGGUCUAAUCACACAUUUCUUGUGGCUGUGGCACUUCUCUUGGAUUUUCUUGUCCAGCCUUCACAUGUUUCAAGUGAUGACUGUCAGAAUGUCAAGUCCAACUCACAAAGAUAGCGGCAAGUUCAAAUUUGUUUUGAAGCUGACAUCCUUUUCACUGAUAGGUCCAGGAGCUGUCUUGUUUGCGGUCAUCGUGUCGUCCUAUAUGACAUCACGCACUAUUGGAUAUGGUCAGAAUUCGUGCUAUCUUGAUUCUAUCUACCUAACAGGUCUGUCAGUGGUGGCUCCAAUCUGUCUAGUUUCUUUGUGCAACUUCACAUUUCUUGGGAUAACAGUCGCAAGCAUUCGCAAAGUUCAUCAGCCUGUGAGUGUUACAUCCAUGGCACUGGAUCAAUACAAAAACUGUUUACUGUACGCUAAAUUGUCGUCAGUAUGUGCAGUGUACUGGAUAGUAACUCUUGUUGCAGAAGCCUACGACAAUGAAGUAAUGUGGAUCAUCUCACAGUUGCUGAACGGUCUUCAAGGGAUUGCAAUAUUUAUCUCAUUUAUGUGCAACAAAAGAGUCUACGGAAUGUUUGACAAUCAGUCAAUGUCGCAACAACAAACAUCAAUUCAGUUUACUACAAAGACCAGUAAUUAAUUGUCAAAAGCAGCAGAAUAUCCUGAAAAUUAUGUCCUCCUGUUCACUAAUUAUCUCUGUUGUAUACAUAUGUUAAUAUAAUAUGAUAUAACCAACAUAUUUUUUAAUGAACACUACAUUAAUCUCAAAUUCACUACCAAUUGUACUUUUUAUUCCAUUUUCGGAGAUGUAAAAACUUUAUGUUUAUCAAAUAAAAAAAAUGUGUGAUGUUAGUGUUGUGGUUGACACUCUUUUACUCUUAGCUGUGAGUGAGAUUUUAGGCUAUGAUCUGAAUUAAAUUGGGCAUUAAUAAUGUAUUUGAUUUUUUUCAAAGCUUAAAUAAACUCACUUUGUCUGUCUGUCUGGUAAAAAGUUUGUACACGUGAUUUCUCACACACCCAAUCUCGGAUCAAGCUUAAAUUCGGCACAAUUAUUUCUUUUCCAUUUCGACACAAGAAUCAAUUUUCCAAAAAAUAACAAUAAUAAACCAAUUAACUAAUUAACUAUUGAUAAUAAAUUAUUUGUUUGGUAUCUCAAACAAGGGAAAGAAAUUCGAAUUGACAGAAGUAUAAGCUGAAUUAGUCCUAUUUAUAGGUUGUCGUCUGAGUCUUCGUAAACACAAAACAAAAAAAAGAGGUCAGGACUAUAGAAACAAUCUAUAACUUAUGUCCAUAAGCUGUCCACUAACAGAGUGGCUUGAGCCA